CCAACAUGGCGACUUUGCGUCCGUCACAACGGGCAUAGACUGAAUGUGUUUUCUGUGCAAUAAUACUGGUAUAGAAGAAAAUUGUAACUGUUAUAUUUCUUCUAAUGAAGGAAAUACUGUUCAUGAAUUUGAAAUAAGAAGUUAACUUCACAUGGAGUUAGCUUAGCUGCGCUUUAUUACUUCUUUAAAUGGCCGUUGUACAAGACAGUAUUUAUCAUAGGCUUCAAAUGAUGAGCUCCGCUUUAGACAGUCGUCCUACCAGUGCCUUAGCAAGGGGAGUACAAAUUACAGAGUUUAAGGAAACGAGAGUAAAUCCAGAUCCUGUAGUUUUAGAGGACAGUGAUCUCUUGUUGGAACAAUAUCUUUCCCCGGGGAAAUUGAGACUUCUCACAGGAGUUGACAAUUUAGAAGAUAUUCGUCGCCUGGAACUUAAAGUUGACACAAAAGAAACAAGCUUGGGAAACUUUGGUUCCUUAUUACCAAACUUAACACAACUUAAACUGUCAAACAGCAACAUCCCAUGUAUCCGAGACUUGGGGUCCAGCUUACGGAAUGUCACAGUUUUAUGGAUGUCACGAUGUGGCCUACACGAGUUGGAUGGAAUUUCAAGUAUGCUGAGUCUAAAAGAACUUUAUUUAUCAUAUAAUGAGAUCUGUGAUAUAAGUGCUCUAAGCAUGCUGGACUCUUUACAGAUUUUAGAUCUAGAGGGAAAUAACAUAGAUGAUACCCAACAAAUUCAUUACCUUGCUAUGUGUUCAAACUUAUCCAGUCUUACACUGGAAGGGAAUCCUGUGUGUGUGUUACCUACACCAGACAGUUAUGAGACUGAUGAUUAUGACUACAGGUGGACUGUUAAGAAAAUUAUACCUCAUCUCAGAAUUUUAGAUGAAGAACCAUUAAAUUCUGACCCAUCUCCUUUGAAAAAGAAGAACAUAUUUGAUGAUGACUGGGCAUAUCUGGAGGAAUUACAGAAAGAUGUAGGAAUAGGAGGUUCAACCGAAAGUCUAGACUCCUCGGAGGCAAGCCAUACAGAAAGUACAGGACGACCUGGCACUGCAUCCCUUCGGCCAACAACUGGAUACCGCCCAGGUUCUGCUCUUCGACCUUCCUCUGGAUUUCGACCUCUAACAGCAUCAAGGAGACCAGCUACAACUUCUGGAGGGAACGUGAGGCCACUUACUGCAGAAAAAACCAACAGGGAAGAAAACGAGGAGAAAACUAUAACAGAGGAUGCCUCCAGUGAACUCACCAUGGGGAAAGUUGUUUGUGGAAAUCCAUCCAAAGCUCUCUUCUCUCGCAGGAAAAUUAAUCCUGGAAGUGAACCCAAAACUGAGGCAACAGGUCUAAAGCUGUUCCCACAAUUCCUACACAAGCCCGAGCACACCUAUGACCCCAUUCCUGACGAUGACAAGGAGAGGGCCGAUAUUGUGGCCGAACUAAAGGAAUGGAAACAACAUCAUGAAAAAAUCAUGGAGAAGAUCAAUAUAGAAAAAGCUCCUCAGGUCUUGGUAAUUGAUCAUGAUGAUGCAGUGAGUGUAUCCAGUGAUGAGGAAAUAACUGAUGAAGAAGACAAUGGGGAAUUAGCCUCCAGCUUUACUCCUCUGGACGACAGUGACCGACCAGUCAGUGCUGACCGACCCUCCAGUAAGGGGGAAUCAGUUACCUCUAGUCCAUUACUGGAUCUUCCACCACCCCCAACCCCACCUAAGAUGUUAGGACAGAUACGUGAACCCCCACCUAAAGAGUUCCAGGAGGGAAUUAUUGAGGUUCUGAAAAUGGAGGGUCUGACCACAGACAGUAAGAGGGAGGAACCUGAAGAUCCUCCAGAAACACCAGAGAGCAUCCAACUAAAGUCCAGGCUGGAAAACCAUGCCCUGAACCCUCAUCGUCCUUGUCCACCCAUCAAACCCCUGGGUAGGUCAUCCCCGGGUAGCCCAAUCAUGCCUCGGGUUCCCCCUCCAUCUGCUGUGGGUAGAAACCUGCUGAGUAAUAGUAUGGCUGUCCCAGCAAAAAGAAACAGCCUACAAAGUCCAGAGUCAGGAUCUCCAGCGAUUGGUCCAUCUGCUUCUGUGGAUCGCCCAGUGCUUCAGAAUCGUCCCUUUACUGCAAGAGCCGUCUUGUCUCAAGUCCGCAGACAGUUGCCUCAAGUUCCUACCCUUCCUUCUAAACCUAGCUUUCCAAAGUGAAGGAGGAACCCAUUCAUCUUAAGGAAAAGAAUAUUUUUAUGGAAAGCAAACUUGGUUCUGGUCUCUAAACUUCUUGUCUUUCAUUUGUUGAUCAGUGUGUUUUAAAUAUAAAGAUCUUUUUAUGGUAUGUUCAAAGUACAAGUCAUCACACACGGUAAAUGGGGCCGCAGUAUCUUCAGGAAUGUUUCUGAUAAAACUUGAAAGGGUAAUGCUUAUAUUUUAAUGUUCCUGACGAAUUGAACAGAGAUGAGUACAUAUAUAGUGUAUACGUAAAUCACUACCGAGUUAUUGACAGGAUCAAGCAGUACCUCAAUGUCAACUUACAUGUAAAUCAUUAUUUGUCUAGACAAAACCACUGUCACCACAUUUUUUUUACACAGCAAGCAGAUGCAGAGCAAAUGCAUUCCAUGUUACAGAGUAGGCCUUAUGCUAGUUUGAAGAUUUGUUUAUUUAUCAGUGUGAGCAGUAUUUACUACAUUUUUCAGUCUAAUUUUUAGUUGUCAUGGAAACUGUAGUGAUCUUGUGUGAAACUAUUUUUCAUUCACUGACUGAUAUUUACAUUGUUUUUUGAUACAGCUUAAUGUAUCAAAUUUCUUCAACAGAAAGGAUGUACUCAAACCUAAUUGUAUCACAGAUAUGUAUCAGACCAUGUCUGGAGAUUUAUACAUAAUUUAUUUUUCAUUCAAAUAUCUUUCAGUGUCCCAGAUUUUAUGAAAUGUUGCAUUAAAAAAACCAUUAACACUAAAAUAGUAGAUGCUAGAAUACUGUGACAUGUACAAUGUACUUUGAAAAGAAUGUGCCCUCCCCUGAUUUCAACUUUUAUCCCAGUAUACAUAUGUAGUAUGAAUAUAUGAAUAGAAUGCUAAAUUCUUUUGUUAAACAUGAAAAUGCUUGUCAUAUGUGUUUCAAGAUCAAGAUAUGUCUGUGUGUUGCCAAUUAUAUGCAUUUAAUUUAUUGAGUUGAAUAGGCUUUUUGUUUUCAACGAUUUUCCUUUUUUUCACUAUGCAUAUGUAGAUUGUAUUUUUUCACAAUAAACAAUGCUUAUAAUUU